UGUGCUCCGCCCCUCUGGGGUAGAGCGGAGAGGUUCCCGACUGACCCCACGGAGCUGGGGCUGGGGCCAAUUAGGCGGUGGUAGGGGGUUUUAGUCUUUUUACGGGGUUCCCUCACAGGGACCUUGGGCAGGAGGGUACCUUAGUUGAAACCAUGACCAGGUGGGCACGAACUAACACAGCACAUAAUAAGAAGGCUCUGAAGGCAACAUCAUGGGAAGAUAUGAAGAAGGGCUCUACAGAGGGAGCCACCCAAAAUCUACAAAAGGAUAGUGGUCUCUCCCUUAAGAAUGAUGGAGCCCCAUCAAAAAACAAAAAGAAGACAUCUUAUACCAAUCAAGAUGUAAAUGGGUUCAUGGAAUAUCUAAAACAGAAUGGGAAGCUGAUGGCAGCAGAUAGCCUACAAGUAAGAGAAGAAAUAGCAACAGCUCUCAGAAAAGAUAGUCGGCGAGAAGGAAGGAGGUUGAAAAGACAAAAAAUAAAGAAAAACGCACAGGUUUGUUAUCAUUGCAGAAAGCCAGGCCAUGGAGUUGCAGACUGCCCUGCUGUCCUUGAGAGUCAAGAUAUGGGUACUGGAAUCUGUUACCGGUGUGGGUCCACUGAACAUGAAAUAACCAAAUGCAAAGCCAAAGUAGACCCAGCUAUGGGAGAAUUUCCUUUUGCAAAAUGUUUCAUUUGUGGAGAGAUGGGACAUCUAUCUAGAUCUUGUCCUGAUAAUCCUAAAGGACUUUAUGCUGAAGGUGGUGGUUGUAGACUUUGUGGUUCUGUGGAACAUUUUAAGAAAGAUUGCCCUGAAAAUCAGAAUUCAGAUAACAUGGUCACAGUUGGUCGUUGGGCUGAGGGUAUGAGUGCAGAUUAUGAAGACAUUUUGGAGACUCCCAAGCCACAAAAACCCAAAAAAGUAGUAGCCAAAGUUGUUAAGUUUUGAUAACAGACAGAUAACACCUUAUAGCGUUAUAGUUUGAACUGGGACUACCCUUCAGGAUUAGAAUUGGGUUCAACACACAAGGAUAUUAUUCCUGAACAUCUACUGCAAGUGGAAAUUUGAUCACCUAAAAGCAUAUUAUCAACAGUCCGAAUGUCGUUAAAAUUCCUUUUCUGGAGUUUUGUGCAAAGGAAGUACCGAAGAGGAGUACCACCAGCAUGAAACACUCAGAAACGAACAUUUGAUCCUUAAAUUGGAGUUCUGGGGGAAAUUGACCUAAUUCUUAACAAAACAGCACCUGCAAAGCAUGAAUGAUAUCAAUUGAUAAAAAUCUUAUUUUCUUAAUAAUAAUGAAAUAAUUUGAACAGUCAAAAAACAAGACCUGCAUUUGGAGGUGAGCUUUUUAUAUUUUUAUAAAAGUCACAUUUCUUUAUGUAAUUUAUUUGAGUACAAUGAUAUUUUAAGAACUCAAACUUUUCUAGCUUCUUAAAAUUUAUUCCCCUUUUGAAUAUUUAAUAAAAAUAACUUUACCUAUCAUGGCUUCUGUUUCCUAAAAACUUCAUUCCUGACUAAAUUUGCCAAUGUCAUUGUAUUCUGUAUGUCUUUGGAAACUAGGUCCUUCAUAAAAUUGACAAUUGGUCCCUCUCUUUUGGAAAAGGAGAAUGGAAUAUUGGGCUGGCUUCUACUUUGGUUUUUCUCAGAGGCAAAGAAUUAUAAUUAAACAAAACUGAAGUCUACCAGCACCUGUCCCCUUUGCUCCUUGUCCUUGAUUUUGGUGAGAGAAGUUCUAGCAAAGGACCAGGUGGAUAGUUUUUUGUUGCAUGGAGCAAAUGGAGUCUAAAACUCAGUAGUGUGAUCGUGUAUUUAGAUGAGUCAGGGUGAGAUGGAAGCAGCACCAUAAUGGAGUUAGAACACUAAUCAGGGAGACAUUAGAUCCUUUGUUUUAUUUGAUGAAUCCAUGCAUACUUAAUACAUACAUUUCACAAGACAUAACUCCGCUAUUGUACUGUAUAAUAGAGUGACUCUCGGUGUAUUGUGUAUUUCAUUUGAGAUUUUUACCUGAUUGGAUACAUUUAUAACUAAAGGAAACAGCUGUGAU